AUGCCGAAGGCUACAGGAACCGAGAGAAUCCCAGAGGAACCCCCGGUGGUAGAAGAGGAUCUCUACAAGAUCCUAGGCGUCGAGUCAACAGCAACCCCAGAAGCAAUCAAAUCUGCCUACAAGAAAAAUGCACUCAAGCACCACCCUGACAAGGUCAGCGAAGACGCCCGUGAUGCAGCCCACACAAAGUUCCAACAGAUCGCCCUAGCCUACGGCGUGCUCUCAGACCCACGCCGACGCAACCUAUACGACCGCACCGGAAACACCAGCGAAGUCCUCGGCGAGGAUGGCGACUUCGACUGGAUGGAAUUCUACCGCGAGCAGCUCUCCGCAAUGCUGGACGUACAAACGAUUUCCGACUUCCAGAAGAAAUACCAGAACUCCGACGAGGAGAAGCGAGACCUACUGGAAGCGUACGAAAGACACGGAGGCGAUCUGGAUAAGAUUUACCAGUCGGUGAUGCUUUGCAAUGUCCUCGAUGACGACGAGCGCUUCCGAGCUACCAUCGACCAAGCUAUUGCGGACAAGGAGGUGAAGGACUACAAGAAGUACUCGCAGGAACCGGAGAAGAAGCGGGAACAGCGCAGGAAGCGUGCGGAGAAGGAGGCUAAGGAGGCAGAGAAGCUAGGGAAGGAGGUUGAGGAGAAGAAGAAAAAGAAGGCCGCUGCUGCUUCCAAGGCUUCGAAGGGCUCGGAUGCUGGGGAGGAUGACUUGCUGGCGCUGAUCACCAAACGCCAGCAGCAGCGGGGCCAGGGAUUCCUGGCGCAGUUGGAGGAGAAGUACAUUCAGCCUAGUCGGCAGAAGCGUGGCCCGGCUGAUGAGCCUUCUGAGGAGGCCUUUGCUGCGAUGGGGGCGCGGAAGAAGUCAAAGCAGAAGAAGUCUAGGGCAUAG